GGCAACGGGUCCGUUGCUCCAAACAGAACUCCUGAGGGGCCCGAACUGACACUGGAGUGAGACCCCAGUCCUCGGCUGGGGUUCUUUCCAUAUAGAGGAGACGGAUUCAGAGGGGCUACAGACCAAGAUUGUUGAAAACCAGACAUAUGAUGAGCGUCUAGAGAUUAACGACUCUGAAGAGGUUGCAAGUAUUUAUACUCCAACCUUAAGACACAAAGGACCUCCUCGGUCUGCUCAUCUGCUUAACAAGACUAUGGCAGAUAACAGCAGUGAUGAGUAUGAAGAAGAGACUAAGGUCCUAAGUGAGGGCAUGCCACAGGCUCCAGGCCACAGAGGCAAAGACAUGGACCCCAUCCCAACUGCCUCUGCAAGCCCCAAGCACCACCAGACCCCUUCUCAUGGACUUGAGAGGGUGGGAUGGUACAUAGAGAACCAGAAGCUCAGAAAGGAGAAGAAGAAACUGACACCUCAACGGGGAUUUAGUGAAAAUGAUGAUGAUGAUGACGAUGAUGAUGAUGACUCAUCUGAAACAGAUUCUGAUGAUGAUGAUGAUGAUGAAGAGCAUGGUGCCCCUCUGGAAGGGGCCUAUGAUCCUGCAGAUUAUGACCAUUUGCCAGUUUCUGCUGAGAUUAAGGAACUCUUCCAGUAUAUCAAUAGGUACACACCUCAGUUGAUCGAUCUGGACCACAAACUGAAACCUUUCAUUCCUGAUUUUAUCCCAGCUGUUGGAGAUAUUGAUGCAUUCCUAAAGGUCCCACGUCCUGAUGGAAAACCUGACAACCUUGGCCUGUUGGUAUUAGAUGAACCUUCUACAAAACAGUCUGACCCUACUGUGCUCUCGCUCUGGUUAACAGAGAAUUCCAAACAACACAACAUCACACAACAUAUGAAAGUAAAGAGCCUGGAAGAUGCAGAAAAGAAUCCCAAAGCCAUCGACACAUGGAUUGAGAGCAUCUCUGAGUUACACCGUUCUAAGCCUCCAGCAACUGUGCACUAUACGAGGCCCAUGCCUGAUAUUGACACACUGAUGCAAGAAUGGUCUCCAGAAUUUGAAGAGCUUUUGGGCAAGGUGAGCCUGCCCACAGCAGAGAUUGAUUGCAGCCUGGCAGAGUACAUUGACAUGAUCUGUGCCAUCCUGGACAUCCCUGUCUAUAAAAGCCGGAUUCAGUCUCUCCACCUGCUCUUUUCCCUCUACUCAGAAUUCAAAAACUCACAGCAUUUUAAAGCUCUAGCUGAAGGCAAGAAAGCAUUUACUCCUCCAUCCAAUUCCACCUCCCAAGCUGGAGAUGCAGAGACAUUAACCUUCAGUUGAGACUCCUCCUUGGUCACACGGUUUUAAGGCUGAGCUGGCUUCUCUACUCCAGCUAAAGAUAGCCAGUGCCACAGUGACUCAGGGACAUGCAUGUCCUGCAAACCUCUCCACCAGUCUGUUGCUACAUGGCUCAGAUUUGCUCCCCUAUGCAGUAAUGUAUUACUGGGAUUUGGGAUAGAGGAAUUCGAAUUUUGGGGAUCUCUGGAUGUUCAAGAUGGAAGGAAAGCUUAAUAGAUGAUCUCAUUGAUAGUAGUAAUGGAAUUCUUUUCCUUUGUUCUUAAACUUAGUUGCCAAGAUUUUACAAAUAAAAUACUCUUUCUAGUUA